AACCAUGGCUGUCAGAAUACAACCAAAACUAGCAAAUGUUCGUCAUAAUUAUACAUGCAUCUUUUCUGGUUCCAUGCCCUUUGUGUGUAUUCAUGAAUGGCAGUGAGAAAAUACCACAGAAAAAAUGACGUUCCCUAUUAACAUUAUUUGCACGUGUGUGUUUAUGUCAAGGCCGUAAAGGGAGGGUGUGGGUGGAAGGGUGUGUAUGUGUGUGUUGUUAUGCAACUGAUAGGACAAAUCUUCAGGUGUCAAGCAGUAGUACCUAGAUCAGAUGUUCAACCAUUAAUUGGAGCCUGAGUUAUAGAAGGGGGAAAGGUGUGCCCAAAAGACUGUAAAAAUACGUCAUCCGUGGGAGGAUGAAUAGCUAGCGUGUGGAAAUAUUUGUCUACCUGAGAAUAAUUAAUGUAUAAUGAUGGUACACUAUUAAGACAUAAAUGAUCUAUCGGAAAUAUCUUGUUAUGUGAAUGGCCUUUUUAGCCCGUAAAACACAAACAGUUCUUGGCUGAUCAACAGGGUUGUAAUAAUGAUCGCAACAAUACUGAACUGGAAAGGUGAUUUACAUUGUUUACAUCAUGGGCAAAAUAACUUUAAUCGAAGUUAUAGAAAAAAUGUACCAACAUUUGAUGCUUUGUUUCAGAUCCAAGGCUAGACGAUAUGUCGUAUUACGGAACACAAGAGCUGAUGGACGCGGAUCCACUUCCUGCGGCAGUCCGUGUUGUGGAAGCGCAUUGCUCUAUCAGGAAAGAUGAAGAUCAAGAAGCUGACGAAAUCCUCGAUCUUAUUGGAUUCGAGAAAGAUGAAGAAAGAGGCAGGCUUCUAGUUGGUAUGUCUGGUUCAUCACUGUUCAAGUACUCGACAGAAUUGACAACAAGUAGGUACACUACGAUGUUGUCUCCUGACUACCUUCGAAUGUCUGAGAUUGUUGAACGCAAGUUCCCUCAGAGAGUAAGGAUUCCGGAUGAGAAGAAAGACUUCAGAGAAAGAAACUUCAAAGAGGAAAAGGUCUUACUCCUGGAUAACUUCACCACUGAUAAUUGCGUGUUAGCAACCCGUGCUCUCGACAACCAGAUCUACAGCAUCCCCGUGUCGGCACCCAUGAAGAUGAAACAUCUACCAAUGGCUCCGAAGGACAAUCACGCGUUAGAUAUUCUAUCAGCUUUAUACCCUCUUGUGAAUACCACCUGGGGUUUAGUGGACCCAACUCAAGAAACCCUGACGUCAUCAAUGACGGCCAUUCCACAACCAAUACAGGCAAUCAUUGACGCCUGGUUUACCAGUGAAGAAGGGAAACGGAAGGCAUGCGAUGUAGCAGAUCGGCGAGUUGAUAACAUGAAGGAAGAGCUCACUUCGGUGUACACCGAGAUAAGAAUACUCAAAGCAAAUUUGGACUCCCAUUCGAGCUCGCCCCUGGGCAGCCCUUCAGACCAACCUCCACCACCGCGCCCACCAAGAACUCCAACUCAAAAUUCCCCCAAACAAGUCAAGCAAUUGCCUUCCCUGCCCAUGGAGUCGCUGAAGGGCGCGCCGCCCAGGUUACCUCCUCGACCUCCAAACGUUAGCUCUCCUGCAGAAGAGGAGUACCAGACAGUGGAAGAAGCAACCAGUCCCAUCUCUGCACAGUCGUCACAGAAUAUCAAUGUAAUGAACGAGGUUCGAGAGGUUUUGGCGAAGAAAGAGAGGGAGCUGCAGGAGAAAACCAACGAACUGAAUCAAUUGAAGAAACACUAUAAGAUAUUGAAAGAGGAAAACGCGAGUUUGAAGGCGGCUUCCCCAAUUCCGGUGUAUGACGACAUUCCAGACAUUAUUGUGCCAAAGACAGGCGUUAGCGAUGGAGAAUAUCUGGAACCCAAUCUACCGCCACGGUCGCGCAGUUUGAAAAAGUACUCCGUGGCGGAAGUGGGAUUUUUUCUGCGGAAGCACGAUCUUGGGAAAUAUGUCGAUACCUUCCGAGUGAAUUGCGUCGAUGGGAGAUUACUAGUGUCCCUAGAAGAAGAGCAUUUGGUGGACUUACAAAUGUCUCGACUUCACGCUCUCAAGUUGAAGCUUGAGAUUGAAAACAUGGAGUUACCUCCCUUGCCUCCAUAAGAGGGAUUUUUGUCAACGCCUUUUUUUUUAUCAUUAAACUUGCUUUUUAAAAAUAUUAAUCAAAAUUUUCUUUGAUGUUUCAUUUUCAAACCAAGUUGGUAAAAACACCCAGUCUGCCCUAGGUGUAUUCACUGUGUGAAACACAAUGUGAAACUAUAUUCACAUUUACAAGUGCACAUUGUAAAUCCUAUCCCAGCUAACAAAUGGACGUUUAUUGAACAUUCUUGACACAGUCUAAGGUCGUUAUUUAGACGUUUUAACAAAACGUUUUUAGGACGUCUAUUUUGGGAAAGUUUUCGUACUUUUUAAAAAGUUUAAAAUAGACGUUUAGCACAUUUAAAAUAAAAAUACUAGAACAGCUAUUAUAAUGUAUUACUUAGAAUUGUAUGAUAUUAGGAAAACGAAAAGACUAAAUCAACUAUGUACACUCUAAAACAUAUUGGGUAAAAAUGCUCCAUGAGGGUAAUUAUGUGUCCAACCAACAUUGGGGAUUUCUUUGGGGCAUUUUCGUUUAUCCAGUGUGAUGAAAAUGUUGCACAUUCUAAAGUAAUUGCUGCUUAUUUUUAACCUUACUAGACAAUAUACUUCCCGCAUUGACCAAAUUGGUUGGACACAUAAUUACCCCCGUGCUGGUUAAAAUUCUACCAAAUGUUUUUUUUACAGUGUACAGUGGAAUUGAAAGGUAACUAUUCCAGCCAAGAUAGAGAUAUGGUUAAAAUAUUUGUGUAUAUAAAUCAUGCGAUGUUUACAUUGUCCUAGCAGGUCUAGUGCAUCAUGUAAAGUAGAAUGUAACAUAAAACUUCCAAGAACACUUAGAUAAAAAAAUCAAGAAAUAACGAAAUAAAUGUAAGAAAAAAGGAGAGAGGAUGGUUUCUAAAGAAGUGUAAAAUCAUAUAUACAAUAUUCUGUUGACGAUUGCUCGAGAUAUUUUGUCACUUAUUGAUUCAUUCAUUAUUGAUGUAAUAAGUGUUGAUUAUGUUGUCAUUUUUACUAUCAUAAUAAUACUGAUGGUCAAUAUUAAUACCAUCUUCUUCAAUAUUACAGUCAUGAUAUUUGAACUUCCACUUGUUAUACAUAUAGUAUUGCAUAAUACUUCUGCUAAUUCUAAUAUUAUUUUUACUACUGAUGCUGCUGCUGCUACUUCUACUACUACUACUACUACUACUACUACUACUACUACUACUACUACUACUACUACUAUUACUAAUACUACUACUACUACCACCACCACUUCUACUACCAUUUCUGCCACUACUACUUCUACUACUACUGCUUAUACUACGGCAACCAGUAUCAGCACUACCACCAGCAAUUUAAGAUAAAUACCAGUUGUGGUAAUGAUCUCAAAAUGAGUUCGAACGUAAUCGAAUAAAAUUACCACCCAAGUGUUUGUAUAUAUGAAUAACGAAAAUAUGUGAGAAGUGGCUCUGGAAGAAAAUGCGUUAUUGCUGAGAAAUCAGCACAACAAAAGUAAAACACGGAAUACCAUCAAAUGUCGGGUAUUUUUCCGAGCAAUAUUAAUAAAUUGUCCCACAUAUGCUUAUCUGUGUUAGUGAUCAUUUUGAGCUAAGAUUUCAUGAUUUCCCAAAUAUAAGAUUACUUUAAUGUACCAGAUCUAGAUAUAUGAUGAUAUUGUGACAAUUAACCUUGAUUUUAAAGACUUUCUCAUGAAAUAAUUGUUUGCUGCAACUACUUACCUUUAAGACUAUCACUAACAACACCACUUCCUCUGCUAUUACUAUUACUAUUACUACUACUACUACUACUAUUACUACUACUACUACUACUACUACUACUACUACUACUACUACUACUACCUCUACUACUUUCUAUUUCCGAUAUAUCAAAUGUCAUUCAUAUAAACAUGCACAUAUGUAUACACCCCCCACACACACACCGUAUACAAAAACCGGCAUGGAACCCCCCUUAUCAAGAUCUGUUAACGCCACGGACUCUUCUACUUUUCUACUACUUUUACUUUUACUACUACUACUACUACUACUACUUCUACUACUACCACUACCACUACAACUUCUUCUACUAUUAAUACGAUUUUUUUUCGAUUUUCAAGCACUACUCGUGUUUGCACCACUUCACAUUAACACUAAAACGUUAUCAUCUUCCAAUUUCUCUUGUGUACUUUAUGCC